UUUGCUUUCAUUAACCCACUUUAACAGGGCGUCUAGGGACUAUUUACUCCUUUACUUGUUUCUCGGUUUCUCUCAUUUCAUCUAGCGCCCUCGUUAUACUACCGUCAUGGCUGCUGCGGGAGUCUCUCCGUCAAGCUCCCCGCGGCUUCCCAGUCCUCCUCCCUUUACUGAGGUUCAGAUUGGGCCCCGGUCGCCGUCGGUUGGCGAAUCCUUUGGCAAAGAUGCAGACCUAUUUGGUGUUGCGAUGGGAGAAAACGAUGACUCGACGCGCAGAAUCCGGCCAGGGACAAAAUCCGCCAACAUGGGCCUGCCUGUGAUUCCCCUUUCGCAGCUUAAUUCUCCAUUCCAACUUCAGGAACACAUCAAAGCCCAGUACCAUAAACUUGCGUCCCAGUACCCUCAACUUAAGGAGAAGUACGAUGUGCUUAUGGAGAAGUACGAUGUGCUCAUGAAGGAGUACAAUGAGCGGAAGCGCAAAGCAUCUGACAAGGUGGACCCGAAGUACGAUGAGCUUAUGGAGGAGUACAAUGUCCUUCUGGAGGAGUACAAUAAACAAAACCCCAAGGAAUCUGACAAGGUGGACCCGACGAGCGAGGUUGCGAAAGAGCCGACAAAACCGGAGAGCGAGGUUGCGAAUGAGCUGACAAAACCCCCGAAGGGAGUCGAUGAAACGGUUUGGAAAUACGAACUGUGCCGCUUCUUCACUAUAGAAGCCAAUCGCCUGAUCGAGGGCUUUUUCGCUGAGAGCCCGCCCUGCUCGUCGCAAACUUGUCCCGAGAUGCGAGUCAACGAUUGGCAGUAUAUUUGCGCGGGCGCGGGGCACCCGAAAGCCGAGUAUUGCUGCGCGAUUGACUAUUGCUGCCAUACUCUGGAUUGGGCCAUGAAUACUCUCACCUCGAAAAAGAUUUUCCCCAGCCGACUUACAUUGUCAGGUGAUGAGAAUACCACGAACCGCUUGAAUGAUAUCUUCCGUCGCCUUUACCGCUUUUUCGCGCACGCAUGGUACCGGCAUCCCGCUGUGUUUUCGAAGGUAGAAAAGCAUGGCGGUCUGUACGUCUUUUUCAAGACCGUCUGUGUUCACUACAACCUUGUCGCGGACUACACGAUUCCCCUUAAGGCCGGAGGACCCGAUGAAGUCGCAGCAGCCCAGAAAAGGGAAGAGGCCAAGAAAAGGAAGGAGGAAGCCGAGGGAAAAGCACCUAAGGAAAAAUCUGCCAACAGCAGCAACCGUUUCACUAUUCUACGCAAGGACGAUGAAAACUCAUUCGGUACUGCUGUGGAGAAUCAGGACCCGGCGCUCGUCACUGGCGCGACCACCCGUCGUCACAAGCACAGCCCUUCAACAGGAUCGCGCGUUACAACUAUCGCGGAGGAUGCGGAGGAUUUGGAAGGGGUUACACCAUCACCACUGCGUGAGCCCCUGAAGCAAUCGCCCGAACCGCGGCCUGUUUCUGUUUUGGAAAUACGGACUAGAGAGGAACCUACUGCCGCGGAUGAGCGACCUACUGAUGUGGAAAAAUCCUCCGAAGAGCCAGUUGAGGAGUCUCAGGAACAGCCACCGCAAGAACACCAUGAGCUGCCAUCUGAGACUCCUGAAGACCAGGAAAAGAUUGAGCAGACUGAGCAGACUAAGGAACCCUUGUCCGAACAGUCAGCUACAAACACAGAAUUGCCCAUCGAGAAGUAUGCUACGGAAGGUGAUGAAAAUACAACUUCCUAUGAAGAGGCAACUCCAGCUGAAGAGCCCAAAGAGGAGAUCGAGGCGGCACAAGAGCCUUCCGUUACCCCCGAAACCAAAUCCGAGCCAGAGAAAGAGGAGUCUUGA